GCUCGCCGCUCUGAAUAGUCUGAAUGCUCUGAAGUCUGAGAAUCCUCUGCUCUCGUUUCUUCUUGUAUGAAAGGAUCGCGGUGUUGACUUAGCGUGUUCUUGAGUCGAUCAAAGUAGACUGAAUUUGAAAGUAAAGAUGGAAACAAUAUUGGAACAACAACGACGAUAUCAUGAAGAAAGGGAGCGACUGAUGGACGCGAUGGUGAAGGAGAUGUUGCACAAAAAGGCGGGACAUCGCGAGAACAUCAACUCGGAGCAUCGCCUGAAAAUGUUGCUGGAUCAGUUUAUGGACAGUACAAUGCACUUGCAAGACUUGUACGAGGAUAAGGAUGGGCAGAGAAAAGAGGAAGUUCAGGCGCUCUCUGGCCCAAAUGAAUUCUCAGAAUUUUACUCGCGCUUGAAGUCCAUAAAGGAAUUCUAUCGACGACAUCCCAACGAGAUCAGCGUACCCAUGUCCGUCGAAUUCGAGGAGUUGGCCAAGAUGAGAGAAAAUCCAACCGAAGAGCUGUCCAAUCUCGUCGAGUUUACGGACGAGGAGGGUUAUGGCAAAUACCUCGAUCUUCACGAGUGCUAUCAGAAAUAUAUCAAUCUUAAGGGGAUAGAAAAGAUAGACUAUAUAACCUACCUGUCGACCUUCGAUCACUUAUUCGACAUUCCCAGAGAGAGGAAGAACGCGGAGUAUCAGAGGUAUGUCGAGUCCCUCUUAGGGUACCUGACAGAUUAUCUGAGCAGAGUGAGGCCUCUGCUCGACAUGAGCGCGGAGGUCGAGGAAGCUAACAAAGACUUUCAAACUCAGUGGGAGAAGAAUACUUUUCCCGGUUGGCCUAAGGAAACUGGAAGCGCCCUGACUCACGUUGGCGCGCACUUGGAACUAUCUGCGUUCUCGUCGUGGGAGGAAUUAGCGUCUCUUGGUUUAGACAGAUUGAAGUCGGCUUUAAUGGCGCUGGGACUCAAGUGCGGCGGUACCCUCGAGGAACGGGCGCAAAGACUUUUCAGCACGAAAGGCGAGGCCUCCUUAGAUCCUAAUCUACUGGCCAAGAAUCGCAAGGGAAAGUCAGCCAAGGGCAAGGAUUCCGAGAAGCAGAAGGAGAUCGCACGAUUCGAGGGUCAUGUGUACAAGCUCUCCGAAUUGGUGUCCAGUCAACGUGUCGCCACGAAGGAGAACGUUCAAAGGAAACAGGCGAGAACCGAGGGUGAAAGGGGAGACUCUGACGCGGAAGCAAGUGCAAGCGAAUCGGAGGAGGAGGACGACAACGAGGUCCCGUACAAUCCAAAGAAUCUACCGUUGGGUUGGGACGGAAAGCCCAUACCUUACUGGCUGUACAAGCUGCACGGUUUAAAUAUCAGUUACAACUGCGAGAUUUGUGGAAACUUUACGUAUAAGGGCCCGAAAGCAUUCCAGAGACACUUUGCUGAAUGGCGACACGCGCACGGCAUGCGUUGCCUCGGCAUUCCCAAUACAGCGCAUUUUGCUAACGUCACUCAGAUCGAAGACGCUCUUGCUCUGUGGGAGAAACUGAAGGCGCAGAAACAAGCCGAACGUUGGCAGCCAGAGCAGGAAGAAGAAUUCGAAGAUUCGCUUGGUAAUGUAGUCAAUCGUAAAACGUACGAAGAUCUCAAAAGACAAGGUCUGCUAUAAAGUGUACUUCUGAGUCGAGUCUCUUAUUGUAAUCAUUAUCAGCUGUAUCGCUAAUUCUUUAUAAUUCUACUUAUCCAUUAAAGCAUUUUUAUCAAUGAAAUAUUUUCUUAUUCGAAUUGUUUUGAAAUUUAUUGAAUUAUGUUAGUACCUUAAAAUUUGAAUUUUAAGCCAAAGAGCAAUAUUAUUCACAUGAAUAGGCAUACAUGCACAGAAAUAAUUUAUUUUAGACAAUCAUUUCUCGAAUUACUUUUUGAAUAAAAAUAUGAUUUUUUUAAAAUCCAAAAUAAUCUCAAAUUUUUAUAAAAGUGUACCUUUUGAAAAACAAAUAUGCAGACUUAUUCAAAUGUGAUUUUUGAAAUGAGAUUCUUUCUUUUAUAAAAAAUACAAUUUGUAGAAAUUUCCAUUUUUGCUUGUCACGUGCACGUAUAAUCAAUCACAGUUUUGAACAUAACUACAUCUAAUUUGUUUGCGUUUAAGAUUAUGAAAUCUAGUUCCAUUAGAUAAAUGGGGUUAGAAGUACAUAAUCUCUAAUCCUUUAUCCAAGCAUUUUGGUUAUAUUUAAUAAAAGCAUACUUUUAAGCCCACGAUUGUAGACAAUAUAUAAUUCGUAUUAGAACUUAGGAUGGAAUACUAUAUUUAGAUUUAGUUGCGAUUUUUAUGUGUGUGUAUGUAUGUGCGUGUAUUUUGAUAUGUAUUUUUUACAUACGUGUAAUUACAUAUUGUAAUUCUUUAAAAGUUCUUAUAAUUUAUUAUAGAAUAUAUAUAUAAAUUAAUAUAAAUAGAUUCCGUUGCGAAUUAUAGAUCGUCAAAAGUGGGCUGCCUGUGUAAAAAAAAGAUGUUUGCUUAACCAAUAUAUAUUAAAAGCUUGAAAAUUUA